AUGCAGCCACCCUACCUUGCCAGAUUUAAAACCCCCAAGAGUUUGAUGUACAGAGUCCCUAACAAGAAACUGAAGGUGAAGGAUCUCCGGCCAACGUCACGUCUACUCUUCCACGUGGUCGACUACAAAUUUCGAGCUGACGGUUGGGAGGACUUCAAUAUGUCUAUCGGUUGUUUCCUGACAUUUGAUCAACAGGAGGUCAAGGAAUAUAACAUGAGUAUGAAUGCCAGUGUUGGCCCCUUGAUGGUCUGUGUACCACCCCGGACGCUUCUUAUCAUGCCGGAUAACAGGUUUAUAUUUCACAAAGAAGACCAGCUGGAAUGUUCUCCAACGGAUCAUGUCUUCCCAGAGCCUACUGUCAGCUGGCAUUGGGUUCUUGGUCCCUUACCGGAAUCUGACCUCCGACCAACGAAAGGAAAUUGGAAAACCUUCAAUUCCAGCAUUCUUCCGCUGUCAAGCCUUCCGGGUCCUGGAUUUUACGUUUACAAAUGCACCGUUGAACACACAUGUGCUAAAAAGUCUACGUAUGGCCCGAUGAAGCAUAUGUUUAUAAUAUCUGAACCGAAUAAGACUUUUGAUAUUGUAGAAGUGCGACCUGUCUUGGCCAUUGUGCCCGAAGUCAUUCAUUUUAAUUGCCCAAGCAUUCUAACCCCCACAGCUCGGCGAACCAGUGUGCAUCAAGAAGUGUUUGCGACCAGCCUUACUUGGUUCAGAACGAGGCGCCAGAUUAAUUUCACAGAACCCUACAACGAUACCACUUAUGAAAUGAUUGUUAAGCAUGAUUUUAUUUAUAAGAAUCUCUCGCGACCCACACCGCAAUUUGAAAAUCCGGAGAGGAUUCAAAACUUUCGCCUUGAAAAUGAAGUCCGAAUAGAUUUUGCAAUGGACAUUGGACCAUCAUCUGGUGAAGAUUAUGGUUAUUACGGGUGCAUUACAGAAAUUUCAGAUGAAGAAAAACUAACGAACGGUACCCGUUUCGUUCAACAUGCUUCUCAGCCAGUUUGUUUGAUCUUGAAGAACGAGUUUCCGAAGCUAGAUUUGAAGGUAGUGUCUAAAAAAGGGGUGACAACGCGGAAAGAUUGUUUUAUUGCCGAGGAGACUGUGCAAGUGGAGUGCACUACACCGGCCUACCAAACUUUCUGUGAUGACUCCGAUAAACCACUUGGCCGAACACUCAUUGGUUCUCGGACGUACCUCCAGUUUGUAUACGCAACUAACAAGUUGGACGGAAUCUCCUAUGAAAAGUACCCUAAAAGCAUCACCUUAAACGUAACCUCAGAGAUAACUAAGUCAACGAGCAAACCGGAUGAAAUUCCACGUGUUUGGUUAGAGCAUACCAAGUACACCUUCAAGGUAUCCUGGAGACACGAUGAGGCGGUGAUUUCUUGUCACACCGUUCCCCUACUGCAGACCUAUUUCCGAGAAUCGCCCGCUGCAAAUGAAACCUUUCGCCGAGAGUUCGAGCGUCUUGUGCCAAUAAUAAGAGGAAGUACUGAUGAAAAUAUGUGCGUCUUCUAUCCACCGAGGAAUAUCCUUAUUGAUCCGCCGCCGCCCGACCAGACCAGCCGAGAAGAAGUGACAUUUACUAUUGAUCGAGACAUAAUGAUUACCUGUUCCGUGGACGGGCAUCCGCUCCCGAAGGUGGAUAUUGAUAUAUAUCCACUACGAAUAUCCCGGCUUGGCAUCGCCUUAGAUAAGGGUCUUGCGGAUCCUGACAGUUGGACUGACUUGACUCAGGCGGGCGUCGACUGGCCCAACUUUCCAGGAGAAGGAAAUGCCAGCGUCAUUGUUGGCGAAUGCGAGGCUGAUUAUUUCUUGGUCGUGUUCCGCCUGAUUGAUAAUGCAGAUAAGUUUGCAACAGUGAUUCCAAUCUCUCUUGCGUUUGUUGGAUGA